AUGCCUGCUGCUCUAUCGUGUGGGUGGCACUUCUACUUCUUCUUUUUCUUCUGCUUCUUUUUCUACUACUACUUCUUCUUCUACUUCUUCUACUUUUUCUUCUUCUUCUUCUACUCCUGCGUCGACAUCAACGUGGAUGUCAUCAUUGAGACCAAGGCCAAAUUCUACGUUUCCGCUCCGAGACAUCUCUCUUUGGGACCUCUGUUGUUCGGCGGCUCAAAGAACAAUUUUCUCGCGGUCGCCAAUGAGCAAGGCACUAUAAAGCAUUGCUGGCCUCUUCACAAUUGCAACAUUAUACCUUUACGCAUCUUGCACUACGGCUCAAUUCUUGAGCUCCAAGACUCUAAAUUCUUCCCGGGCCGCUACUAA